GGGCGGGGAGGGCGCGCGCGUGCGCUCGAGAGGCGGUUGUUCCUCCGAAGGCCUGGCGCGUGGGGCGGCGCGCGGAACUGGUGAGAUGAAAAGUUGUUUUUCGUGACAUAUUUAUCACGCGGAUGAGAUACAAGUCAGUAAGCCAGCCAGGAGCUCAUGUCAUCAGGAACACCAACAGAAAGCACCAUGCCCCCUGAUGCGCCUGAGGUGGAAGCAAAGGUGAAGUCGUGUGACAGGCAAGUAGAAAGACAGGAGGAAGGCACAGGCAAAGCAGAAUGCCUUGAGCCCAUGUCCAAGAGGCAAAGGAAGAAACUACUGAAGCAAAAACAGUGGGAAGAACAGAAGGAUCUCCGAAGGCAGAAACGAAAAGAAAAACGCCAGAAGAGAAAAUUAGAACGUCAGUCAAAAUCAGACACCAGUAAUGAAGGGAAUGACAGAAAGCGUAUGCGAAGGGAAGUUGUUCCCAGCACGCUUCGCCUUGUUGUGGACUGCAGCUUUGAUGACUUGAUGGUGCUAAAGCUUCUGGCUCAUGGUAAAGCAUUUUGUGGUGGUCUGUCUGAAGGACUAUGUAAAAACAAAUUGUGUUGUAUACAGGAUGUUAAGAAGCUUCACAAGCAAAUUCAGAGAUGUUAUGCAGAAAAUCGCAAAGCAUUCCAUCCUGUGCAGUUCUACUUGACCAGCCAUGGGGGACAGCUGAAGAGCAAUAUGAAUGAAAAUGACAAAGGAUGGGUCAACUGGAAGGAUAUCCAAAUUAGAACAGAGCACUACAGUGAGCUAAUAAAGAAAGAAGACCUAGUGUACCUCACCUCAGAUUCCCCAGACGUUCUUGGUGAGCUUGACGAGAGGAAGGCUUAUGUGAUUGGAGGACUGGUGGAUCAUAAUCACCACAAGGGAAUUACUUACAAAAAAGCUGUAGAGCAAGGAAUCGGUCACGCACAGCUCCCUCUGGGAAGCUUUGUGAAGAUGAACAGUCGGAAAGUGUUAGCAGUCAAUCAUGUGUUUGAAAUCAUCCUUGCGUACCUGGAGAAGAGAGACUGGAAGGAGGCCUUUUUCAGUGUCUUGCCACAGCGGAAGGGGGCAGUUCCUUUGGGGGAAGCCAGUGAUUCAUCCCAACGUGCCCUAUGUGAGAAAGAGGGUGAAGACAAGGACUCAGACAGCAAUUAGCCUGCAGAAUAAGAAGAUGGGAAAGAUGAGACAUGGAGUUUGUGGGAUAACACUGAGACACGAAGCAGUUAAGCUCUGAAGAUCAUCUGCUGCCCUUGUGAUACUUAAUUGUCUCAGUGCUUGGUAGCUUCAGAGUUGGGUCAAAGUUGUUCUUGGACAGAAAGGGUAAAAACAAAUGCAGUUUUUAUCCUGAAACUUCUAUAUUAAUAGCUUUAAAAAAUAAAUGAAUAGCAAAUGCAGAAUUUAUUUUGUUUACCAAGGAAGCUAUGUUAUUUAUGUGGUUUUUGUUUUUUUAAUAAUUGCUUGGAUAUAUUACCCAAAA